UGUGUGUGUGUGCGUGCGUGUGUGUGCGUGGGUGCGUACAUGUGCGUGCAUCAGGUGUGAUGGGUGUGGAUUCUCCUAACUGUAGCUACGUGUCUCUCCUGAACCAUUUGGGGGUGGGACCUAAUAACCACAUCCACUCCGCGCUGCGUCCAGUCAAAAACUGGUGGACUCCCACCUACGUCAUGGUGGACCUAUACCUCUACGUCAUCAUAGACGUGAAUGAGAAGCACCAGAGUCUCACGACUGGAUUUUACACGACUAUGCUUUGGACCAGUGAGUUUCUGCGAUGGGACCCUGAGCACUUCUGUGAUAUCUACUUGAUGACAAUACCCAAGGAUUACGUCUGGAUACCGCCAAUCACUGUUAUGGAGAGUCUCGAGACUAAGCUAAGCUUCGAGGAGAGCUCCUAUGUGAGCCUCCAAGCGUCUGGUUUGGUUGGCACUGGAGACAGCUACAAGAUCACCAGCACCUGCAAGAUGGAGCUCUUCAAAUUCCCCUUCGACACCCAGCAGUGCAAGCUCACUGUACUAACCACCCUCAAUACCAUCGAACAGAUCCGUCUGUACCCGAUCUCCAACUCGUCGAGCGCAAUGUCGGGCUCCAUGACGGUGUUCCAGGCCCAGGGAGAGUGGGACCUAAUCAGCAUCAACGUCUCCAGACAAAGCCUGACCAUCAGGACCAGCACCUGGGACACCGUGGUCUACACGAUCGUGAUGUCUAGGCGACCGCAGCUGUACGUGAUCAACUUCCUGACUCCAGUCUUCCUCUUCCUGGUUCUGGACCUGAUGUCCUUCUUCAUGAACGAGGCGCGAGGAGAGAAGCUGAGCUUCAAGGUCACCUUGCUGCUGGCCAUCUCCGUUCUCCUGCUCAUCCUCCACGACAUGCUGCCCUCCACACAUGACAAAACGCCACUCAUAGCCGUGUUCUGCACUGGCAUCUUCAUAUUUGUGGGCUGCAGUAUCGUAGAGACCAUCGUUGUCAGCUUCCUGAUGCGUAUGGCCUCCAAGUGCGACCUAGCUGCGUUUAGUAGAGAGACCCCGGAGAAGAGGGCACAGGAAGAGGCCAGCCGGCAAGGUCCCGUUGUGUCUACUGUAAGUGUGGUGGAGGAGGGCACGGCCAUCGCUUCUCUGUUGCGCCUCCUGCUGGAGGAGGUGAGAACGCUGCGGCAGAGCACCUCCCCCCAACCCGCACAUGCAGGGAAGACCUGCGUGCGUCUGAAGACUGCCGCCAAAGCCAUCAACACACUCUAUUUCAUCCUCUACACCAUUGCAGCCAUCUGGUUCCUGGUUGAGGUGUUUAAGCAGUGGUUUUAUUAGCUAUAUAUGGGGGGUAGUGUAACAGUGGUAUUAUUAGCUGUAUUGGGCAGGGUAGUGUAACAGUGGCAUGAAUAACUUGCUGUAUAUGGAAGGGGGUGGUUCAGUCGUACUAUUACAAGCUGGCAGUUCCAAAGAGGGUGGACACUAGAACACUUUUUAAAGUGUAAAGAAUGUUUUGGUUGCUGUUUUCAUGUAGUUUUCUGAUGUUCUGAUGUUCAUACAGAGCCUGUCAAAACAAAAGUUGCCACCAAAAACAAGGUCACACACUCUAAUUUGUCACUGUACCCGUUUAACUUUGGUUUACACUCAUUUGCUGUGGAAUAUUUUAAUAAGCUUCUGUAAUACCACAUAUAAGGUGCAAUACGGUACAUAUACACAAUUCACAUACAGUACAUUCUUCCAUACCAAAGGAUGAGGUCUGGUAUUGAGAUAGAGUUCUGGAGUCUCUGGAGGGCAGUCCAUGUGUAAAAACGACUUCUCUUUCUAUUUGCCUUAUAUUCCAAUGACAAUGCCAGGACUAGGCUCAAAUUUCGAAACCAUGUUUCAGAGAUGACAUAUCAUUUUUAAAUAGAUUGGUCAUAUCUCAGCUCAGCUCGUUCAUACAGUACCCAUCAUCAAUGACGAUCUUGGUGAAGAAUGAAUACAACACUGGUUGGAAAUAAAUCCAGAGCUUAUUGAAACAAAACCACAGCAAAUGUUUGCCAUAAUCUAAAGCUAAAGCUGGUCCAGCAACAUGAACCUUUGUGUGUGUGACAUGUAUUCUUUCUUUAUUUAUUUAAAUGUAUUGAGCAAUAAGAAUGCAAAGAUACAGAGGGAAAAACUGUGUCUCCUUUUUUUUGGUGGCAACAUUUUUCUGGACAGGCUGUGUAUUUCUACAAGGAAAAUCUGUCUUGAAUAUAACCCAAAACAUAUCACCCCUACAUCGAGGACAGAAAACACUGAUAUGGAAAAAAAAACAAUUUUUAUUUUAUGUUGAAUGUAAACACAUUACCUAGCCUUUAGAUUGCAGUUUUACGGAUAAGGCUGGGAAACAUAACUGACACUUGUUAAACACAUUGUAUCUACAAAUGAUGAAUGCCUCUGAACAGGAAGUAACCAUAUGGCGAUGUAAGUAGGCCCUGCUUC